AUGCCCAGCGAGGCGGCCAAGCGCUUCUGGGGCUCAGAGGUGGCCGAGUACGCCGAGCUGCUGGAAGAGAAAAAUCUACAGCUGCUGCGAGUGGCCGAGCAGACAAUUGACCAGGUCUUCAAGUACAUCAACUCGACAGAGGCACCGCCGGAGAUUGUCAACUUUGUGACCGACUCAAAGUUCUCCGAGGCGGAUGCGGUCAAACUGUACAGCGACUUUGUGCAGCACUGCUUCCCUGCCAUCAACAUGAGCUUUGCCUCCUUUGCCGACUACUUUGCCAAGGUGGGCCUGGCGGCCUGCUUCGACGACGCCGCACAGCGGGCAAUCUUUCGCGCCAUGAAGUACAAGGAACCAAAGGGAUUCCUCACCUUCAACGAGUUCCUCAUUGGCAUCAUCGCCCUGGACCCGUCUUCGCCAAACACCGCCCCUCGACACUCCUUCAUCUUUCGCUACUACGACACCAACUCGGACGGCACUAUUGACGGCAAGGAGAUUCGCCAGCUGUGCACUGAUCUGCAGCAGGCCAAUCCUCCGGAGCAGUGGGCCAACAAGUCCACAAUCAGCUUUACUCACUUUCAGACUGAGAUAGAGUCUAAAAAGCUGGCCGGCACUACUCGUCUCUGUCGGGCCAAGCAGUCCAUCAUGUACAUGGUCUACUCUUCCUGCCUCUACGAGCUCAUCAGUCGAACUGGCCGCCCCUUUGGCAGCAAACAACAGCAGCCAACGUGUGUCAAGUGCCGCCCAAAGACCUACCAGCUGGCAAUGCACUCGGUCAAGUUGACCAAGUCCGGCUCUAUCGAGGACCCGCAGGUGAUACUGAACCAGGGCGACAGUCUGGUGUCGCUAAACAUUAGCGGCGAACGUCGGCUGCCCAUCAAUGUGCAGCGCAUUCACUCGGUGGAGUUUCUCUUCAAGUCAUCCUCCAACGCCAACUAUGUCCUCACCCUCAUUCGUCGACUGGCAGAGCUGAAGCAAAUGACGGAGGAAAAGGCAAAGGAGGUAAGGACUCAGGUGACCGAGGGACUCAGCUUGAACGUCCUCUCAAAGCUCUGCACCGAGGUAACCGAGGUCGUCUCUGUAGAGUCAAGAAUUCCCAACAUUAGCUCUCCGUGCAUCAUUCUGGGCGACAUUCACGGCAACAUUAGCGACCUGCUCACCUUUGAAGGGCAACUGUGGCCGAUGGCGCCCACCUGCCAGGCGCACAAUGUUCUCUUUCUUGGUGACUAUGUUGACGUAAGGGUUGAUUAG